AUGCCGAAGUUAUGGUUCAAAGCAAGAGCCAGGAACCACGAACUUAGGUUUCUUCCACAACCAACACCAGCAAUAUUGGAGACGGCGGUGCAAACAUGUGCAUCACCGACGGCGUCUCGCCUAGUGUUCGCACAUACAUCGAGAGUUAUCUCCUGCGGAUCAGUCAAUUUCAAGGCCACCAAGGUGCCACGAUUAACACCAGCAAGCCACUGA